AUGGAUAAACGUCAAGACAACAUUGAUGCGACGGCUGUAACGCCCGCAAAACCCAAGGAAGACGCCAAGCAAGCACGUCUGAGGGCGCGCGAGGAACAAGAGCGACAGAAGCUGUUGCUCCUUGAGACGACGGUCUCUGACCUGGAUUCGACCUCGUUUGGCUACAUAUCGCCCACCUUAACGAGCGUGCCUGCUCGCAACUGGGUUGACAUCAAGGACGUCGAUAAUGCAAAGGAUCAACUAGUAUGGAUACGCGGCCGCAUCAACGAUGUCCGCGGAAAGGGCGCGAUGGCCUUCAUUAUCUUACGCCAGCAGUAUGAGUCACUCCAGUGCAUCGUGGACUCACGCCAGGAGAUGGUAUCGAAGGACAUGGUGAAGUGGUCCGCUUCGCUUUCCAUGGAGUCCAUCGUGGAUGUGUUCGGCAAGGUGGUUGUUCCUGAUGUGCCAGUCGCCUCAACUACAGCGAAAUGCGAACUCCAAGUACACAAGAUCUUUUGCGUCAGCAAAGCUACUCCAACGAUGCCAUUCUUGAUCCGAGAUGCGAAUAACACCGACGAUGAGGAGGCGUGCAAGAAUCCAAGCAUCAUCAAGGUCAACCAGGACACCAGAUUGGACAACCGUCCGCUAGACCUCAGGGCUACGCUCAACCUUGCUAUUUUCAAAAUACAGUCGGAGAUCUGUCAGCAAUUCCGCAAUUUCCUAAUCAAGCGCCAAUUUAUCGAGAUUCACAGCCCCAAACUCCUCGGAGGCACCAGUGAAGGCGGUUGCAAUGUAUUUAAGCUGAAAUACUUCGAUAACGACGCUUGUCUCGCUCAGUCUCCACAACUCUACAAGCAGCUGGCAGUUGUGGGCGACUUCCGUCGAGUCUUUGAGAUAGGCCCGGUUUUCAGAGCAGAGAACAGCAACACUCAUCGCCACCUUUGCGAGUUUGUAGGCCUGGACAUGGAAAUGGAGUUUAAGGAUUCGUACAUGGAAGUGGUGGACAUGAUCGACGAGAUGCUAAAGAGCAUUUUCGAAGGCGUUACUAAGCAGUGUAGAGAUGAAAUGGAGAUAUUCGGGAAGCUACAGCCAUCAGUGGAGCCAUUGAAGUGGCUGGAACAAACGCCCCGUCUUCGCUUCACCGAGGCCGUCGAAAUGUUGCGUGGAACCGAGUUAGCAUCUGAGAUACCCGAGGACAUAUCCUCAUACGAUUUCUCCACCGAGCAGGAAAAGCGCCUCGGACGCCUGGUGCGGGAGAAGUAUAACACUGACUACUACAUCGUCUACGAGUACCCUCUCAACGCACGACCGUUCUACACUAUGCCGUUGGAGCGCGAUGGCAUGAUGUUUACCCACAGCUACGAUUUCUUCAUGCGUGGAGAAGAGAUCCUGUCUGGAGCCCAGCGCAUACACAACCCGGAACUGCUGCUGCGGCGGGCGAAGGAGUGCGGCAUCGACCCGAAUACCAUAUCAAGCUACAUAGAGGCAUUUAAAAUGGGUGUUUCACCACACGCCGGCUGCGGUAUUGGUUUGGAGCGCGUGGCGAUGCUGCUGCUUGGCACCGGGAACAUCCGCAGAACGUCGUUGUUCCCCAGGGAUCCCAGGCGCCUUACGCCGUGA